AUGGCCAACAUGAUUCGCUCCUUCGAGGAAAUAGAAGCCUCACUAUUUAACAUUACAACCACGGGUCUUUUACGCUACCUCCAAGGGAUCGCCGUUGUCAUUGCAGCAUUCGCCCUCAUAAACGAAUUAUAUCGCUGGUCCGUUCGCAUUAAUGGCAUCCCAGGCCCUAGAGGCAUUCCAUUAGUCGGAAAUCUUCGCCAAAUCAAAAACACAUCCCCUCCAGAGCAGUACCGUCUAUGGUCUCUUAAAUACGGGCCACUUUUCCAGAUCCAGCUCGGAAAUGUGCCUAUUCUCGUCAUAAACACCGCUGAAGUUGCGAAAAAUUUGCUCAUCCGUGAGAGUGCAGCUUUCAACUCUAGACCGUUGUUUUAUGUCUUUCACAAGUUUGUCAGCAAAGAAAUUGCCAGCAUAGGCACCAGUCCGUGGGAUGAGAGCUGCAAGAAGAGGCGAAAAGCAGCAGCAUCUGCACUGAAUGUUAUUCAGGUGGAUUCAUAUGCGCCGGUCCGUAUUACACCCUUUUUUAACCUACGGGUUACUAACCUUUUUCUUACUCGGCAGAUAUUGAGACUCGAGUCUAGUGAGUUUAUAGAAGAAUUAAAACAAGCAUGCAAUAAUGGCAAAACGGCAAUCAAUUUCCUUCCGUUUGCUCGUCGAUUUUCGAUGAACUUGUCUUUGACAUUAAAUUACGGCACUCGAGCAUCCAAUCAGAAAAAUUUCGAUGGAAACCCGCUGAUCAACGAAAUCAACGCGGUUGAGUCUGAAGUUGGCAAAUAUCGCUCGACAUCCAGCAACAUUAAGAAUUACGUGCCUCUUUUCCGCCUACUAGAUCCGUUAAUAUUGAUGCUACCGGGAAAUUCUUUGCAGAAGGCAUUGGAUAUCGGUAGGCGGCGGCUACGGUACCAUGCGGCAUUGUUAGACACGCUCAAAUCAGAGAUCAGCAACGAUGAAGACAAGCCGUGCAUUCAAGGGAAUAUGCUUAAGAACCCGGAGACAAAGAAUUUAACUGAUAUGGAGCGGUUAAGCGUUAGCCUCAGUAUCAUGGCAGGAGCCGACAGCAACACGCCAACGGUGGCGUGGGGAAUCACAUUCCUUGCCCAUAACCCUGCCAUCCAGGAGAAGGCAUUUCAGGAAAUUAAGAAAUCUCGCGUUCUUGAAUCCGACCCGUUCGGGAAUGGCAAAGUUCCAUAUGUUGACGCAGUCACAAAGGAGCUAAGCAGGUACUACAGCAUUCUUCGUCUGGCAAUGCCAAAGGAGGUCACCGAACCUGUGGUCUAUAAUGGGGUUACUAUACCGAAAGGGACCAUGGUCAUGCUGAAUUCUUGGGCGUGUAAUCGGGAUGACGCUCUUUUUGACGAGCCUUUCUCUUUCAUUCCCGAGCGCUGGCUCCAGAAUGAAGACUCCCAAGCGCAUCAGUUUGCCUUCGGCAUGGGGUCACGAAUGUGCGUCGCAUCGCACCUAGCCCAUAAAGCUUUAUAUCUCGCCUUUUUACAUUUAAUCGCGCACUUUGAGAUCCUACCUUCGACCUCUAGCGAGCCCUCAAGCAUUGCGGACCCUAUUGACGGUGCCCACGACGGUGCAACUGUUUCCACGUCCCCGAAGAAUGAACACGCAAGAUUUGUGGCCCGUAAGGAACACCUCAAGUGCGAUGCCCGUAUACCGAUUUGCGCGCGGUGUAUGGAGUCGGGCUAUCACUGUUCUUAUUUGAAAUCUCGACGAGGUGGGAAACGAAAAUACUCGGCUGUGACAAUCGACGUCUCCAACGCGGAAGAAAAUGAUGAUGACGACGAGCUUCACGGAGUCCUGACUCCCCCUUCAGGGGAUUUGCAGACAAAUGUGUCACCAGCGACCACGUUGCCACACCCAGGUCGCCCAUGGAUAAGCGACAGCGACCUUCGCAAUAAUAGUGCUAUUGUUGCUAGCUCUCCAGCAGCCAUUACACAGCAUCAACCCAUCUCAUCUCCGCAGUCUCUUCCAUCACUGCAAGUGUCCCGCGUUUUACCCAACAAUGCGACAACCCGGAGUCCAGCAGAAGAUACCCUCUUCGAACUAUACUACGAAAAUUUCCACCGGACUCACCCAAUACUUUUGCCAAAACGAGUAUAUGACAGCGGCCGACAAUAUCCUCGCUAUCUGAGUUCAGUGGUGCAGUAUAUCGGUAGCCAUUAUUCGGUCAUGUCGAGCUCGGCUUUGCGGGCCCUUGCCGUCACAGAACUGGUCCAAAUAUCGGGGAACAAUCAUUCGUUACCCGUCGUGCAGGCAAAACUACUGUUUGCAAUCGUUCUUUACAGCGAUGGGGAUGUUGACGAGGCUCGGAAGUGGCUAUCAGAAGCCAUACACGUGGCUGUCAGCUUGGGAAUGAAUAAAAAAUCCUUUGCGGAUUUCUACCACGUCCAGCAAGGAGCAGAGCUCGAGGCGGAAAGUGCGAGGAGAACAUGGUGGGAAUUAUACGUCUUAGAUGGACUAAUUUCAGCACUUGAUCACAGGGGCGUGUCAAAUUUUAGCAUGAGCAUUAUCUCAUGUGAUGUUGAGAUGCCCUGUGAGGAAGCUAUAUAUGCAGAAGGCAAACCUAUUCCUCCUCCCUCAUCACGGCAAGAACUCGAGUCCCGCAUCUUUAACUGGGAAGACGACGAAGAACAUGACAGUGACGGAUAUACAAGUAUACACAAAAGUAGGGUUUUAUCAUCAUUCACCUACCGCGUCGAUGCCAUAGAUCUUCUGGCACAGGUCUUGGCCGUGAGAGAUCCAAAUCGUGCACGUCGCGAUAAAACACAAGCAGUUGACAAUACUCUCGCAAGCUGGGCGCAUUAUCUUCCCACUAGCAAAGCUGUUAUUGUUAAUGCCUAUGGAGAAAUUGAUGAGAUGUUGUUGCAAGCACAUAUGAUGGUACAGCUUGCUGUUAUUCUCCUUCACUUUCCGCGGAGUAACCUUGCCCUGGAUUGUUCUUCACUCCAUGGGGGCAAUGUUGAUAUUGGCCUACUUUACGGUCCCCUGUCUCAAAAGCUUCCACCUUCAUCCACGAGGCACAUUCAUGGAAUAAAGGCAACAGAGGCUUCAAAGCGCCUAUCAAAUCUUUUCUCUCUUUGCACAUCGAUGCAAAAACACAGCCCCCUGUUUAUGUUCAGCCUUGCUCUUUGCGGCGUUGUUCAGCUCGCAACAUAUUGUGUCCAUGCCCGUCUUGAUGGAGGUGUAAGCUGCCUAGAUCAACAUCGAGCCCGAAUACGACUUAUUGUUGGACUUUUGAAAUCUUCCAACGACACGUGGCCGCUCUCCAAAACUAUUCAACGGAGGCUUAGAAAAGUCGCUGCGAAUACUUUUCACGCGAAGAAGUCGGAUGUUUUACACACAGCCGUAGCACAAUCAUCCUCCACUGAGGCAGGCGUCAUCUUACAGACAAACCCCCAACAGGAAAUGAUGUUUCACUUGGGAAACGAAAAUGUAUGGAUGCCGAUAGACGGCCAGUACGAUCUGCCUGAAUUGGCACCUUGGGUGUGGGGCUAA